ACACUGUAACCGUAUCACGCAGUUGAUAUCAUCGUGUGUGGAUCGGAGCCAGAGCGAACAGCAACAGCAGUAGCAGCAGGCGGGAGGGAGGGGGGGGGGGAUGCUGCUGCCACACACGACUUCCAUGCAGGACUGACGCGCUGUUGGUCUCCUGCACGUCGGACUGUCACCUCGGAUGUUCCGACGCGUCUUCUCGCUGACAUUCCGUCCUGCCUGUAAGCUCCGGGGGGGAGAAGAAGAAGGGACUGCAUGCUUCGAAUAAAAAACGGGAUGUUCAUGCUGCCAAACAGCGGACGCUUUAGCCCGCGCACAGCCGAGGGGACUGUCGUGCGCUUGGUAAUGUUUGCCGAGGAAUAAAACGCGGUAGCCGAAAGGUGCAUCACAUCUCGUUUCCAUGGACAACACGUCCAUAAUAACACAGGUUGCAAAUCCGAAAGAGGAGGAGAGCAUUUCUUCAAGUCCAGAUAAAGUCUCCCAGUCCAACAGCAGCCUAAAGAAGCAUCGCAGCCGGAGCAUUUUCAGCCUUUUCUUCUGCUGCUUCCGCAACUACAAUGAGUACCACGUCGAGACACCGCCCGCCAACAACAAGACACUUUCUCUGCCCCCGCCGCUAGAGGAGAACGGCAGUCCUCCCAAGUGUGACCAGGUCCAGGUCAUCCCCAUCCCCAGUCCUCCAGCCAAGUUCCUCCUGCCAGAGGUCAGUAUCGAUGACUACGGCAAGAACUGUGUGGUGAUCGACCUGGACGAAACCCUCGUACACAGCUCCUUCAAGCCCAUCAGCAAUGCAGACUUCAUUGUUCCAGUGGAGAUUGAUGGGACUGUUCAUCAGGUGUACGUGCUGAAGAGGCCCCACGUGGACGAGUUCCUCCAGAAGAUGGGGGAGCUCUUCGAAUGCGUCCUCUUCACAGCGAGCUUAGCCAAGUACGCCGACCCUGUGGCAGACCUGCUGGACCAGUGGGGGGUGUUUCGCGCCCGGCUCUUCAGGGAAUCAUGUGUUUUCCACAGAGGAAACUACGUCAAAGACCUCAGCCGGCUGGGCCGAGAGCUCAGCAAAGUCAUCAUCAUAGACAACUCGCCUGCCUCCUAUAUCUUCCACCCUGAGAAUGCAGUCCCAGUGCAGUCCUGGUUCGACGACUUGAUGGACACAGAGCUGCUCGACCUGAUUCCUCUGUUUGAGGGCCUCAGUAAGGAGGAGGACGUUUACGGUCUGUUACAGAGCCUGAGGAACAGGUAGCAGACAGCUGGUCCUUCUAGCCUCGGCGCCGCUGCACAGAGGCCUCGCCUCGCCGCCGUGGUGCCGCAGCCCGGCUCCGGUCCUCCGAGCGGCGCUCUGAAUCUGAGCACUUCAUGCAAUUGUUCUGGUCAUAAUGAAAUCAAGAGACAACAACUGGAAGGAUUCUCACUAUCUCUGGAUUCUUGAACUCUUUGUACAGGACUCCUACUGACAAAAGAUGAUAUGUAUAUAUUAUAUGUUUUUAAGCAAGAAAUACUUAAAGUAAUUUUUCUAUCAGAGUGGAGGUUUUACUAUUCUAUCAAGUAAUAUUUUAGUUACCAAAAAUAAUCCAAUAGACAGAUUAUUUUCGUUGAGAAUGAGUGACGUUUAGUUUCUUUGUGUUGAGCUGUGCUCUGCAGGCUGGUGUGUCUCGUCUGACCUUUCAUUCAAAUAACUGUGAUUUAUCUUCUCUUACAGAAUGAAGUGCCUUCAUUACUGUGCUGAUUUUAUUGUGUCAGGUUAUGGGGUGCACAUGCUGCAUAAUAACUGAAAUCUCCAAGUACAUAACACUACAUCCUUAAAUUGAAGUUGGAAAUGAGUCUGAAUUGUCUGAGAAACCUGAGGAAACAGAAAAGAUUUAUUUCGAGAAAUGUAUCCAACUAGCCUCUUUGACCCGAAUGAUUCUUUGUUUUUGAGUUUAAUAAUAUUGAAUUGUUAAAUUUACCAAAGAUUUCUACAAUUCAAUGUGACUUGUGACUGAAUGACGUCAUGUGAUCCUUGGUGACUGUAAAUUGAUAAUCCUUUGAGACAUUGAAACCCCACUCUAUGAUGGAAAAAAGAAAACGUUGUGAUGACUUUGCCGUCCACCAAUAAAUGUAAAACUUUUGAGGAAGACAUAAUAAUUAGCUUAGUAGACAUGACACUAUUUAUUGGGGAAAAGGGGGAUUGGGUGCAUUGUAAAGCAACUGCUGUUGAAAUCGUACUGUACAACAUUAUUAAAGUUGCAAGUUUGCACACUGUCA